AUGUUCUUCCACGCCUCAAUUAGAGGACUACAUGAUGGAGGCUACGCUACUAUUCCCAGUAGUGGACUACAUGAUGGAGGCUACGCUACUAUUCCCAGUAGUGGACUACAUGAUGGAGGCUAUGCUACUAUUCCCAGUAGAGGACUACAUGAUGGAGGCUACAUUACUACUCCCAGCAGUGGACAACAUGACGGAGGCUAUGCUACUAUUCCCAGCAGUGGACUACAUGAUGGAGGCUACAUUACUACUCCCAGUAGUGGACUACAUGAUGGAGGCUACAUUACUACUCCCAGUAGAGGACUACAUGAUGGAGGCUACAUUACUACUCCCAGUAGUGGACUACAUGAUGGAGGCUACAUUACUACUCCCAGUAGAGGACUACAUGAUGGAGGCUACAUUACUACUCCCAGCAGUGGACAACAUGACGGAGGCUAUGCUACUAUUCCCAGCAGUGGACUACAUGAUGGAGGCUACAUUACUACUCCCAGUAGUGGACUACAUGAUGGAGGCUACAUUACUACUCCCAGCAGUGGACUACAUGAUGGAGGCUACAUUACUACUCCCAGCAGUGGACUACAUGAUGGAGGCUACGCUACUAUUCCCAGUAGUGGACUACAUGAUGGAGGCUACGCUACUAUUCCCAGUAGUGGACUACAUGAUGGAGGCUACAUUACUACUCCCAGUAGAGGACUACAUGAUGGAGGCUACAUUACUACUCCCAGUAGAGGACUACAUGAUGGAGGCUACAUUACUACUCCCAGUAGAGGACUACAUGAUGGAGGCUACAUUACUACUCCCAGUAGUGGACUACAUGAUGGAGGCUACAUUACUACUCCCAGCAGUGGACUACAUGAUGGAGGCUACAUUACUACUCCCAGCAGUGGACUACAUGAUGGAGGCUACAUUACUACUCCCAGCAGUGGACUACAUGAUGGAGGCUACAUUACUACUCCCAGCAGUGGACUACAUGAUGGAGGCUACAUUACUACUCCCAGUAGAGGACUACAUGAUGGAGGCUACAUUACUACUCCCAGUAGAGGACUACAUGAUGGAGGCUACAUUACUACUCCCAGUAGUGGACUACAUGAUGGAGGCUACAUUACUACUCCCAGUAGUGGACUACAUGAUGGAGGCUACAUUACUACUCCCAGUAGAGGACUACAUGAUGGAGGCUACAUUACUACUCCCAGUAGAGGACUACAUGAUGGAGGCUACAUUACUACUCCCAGUAGUGGACUACAUGAUGGAGGCUACAUUACUACUCCCAGUAGUGGACUACAUGAUGGAGGCUACAUUACUACUCCCAGUAGUGGACUACAUGAUGGAGGCUACACUACUAUUCCCAGCAGUGGACUACAUGAUGGAGGCUACGCUACUAUUCCCAGCAACGGACUACAUUCUGGCUACGUUAAUAUACCAAAAAAAUUUCAUAACAUACAUCAUCCCACCUUUUCAGGGAGUAUUACCCAAGUACCGACCAUGUUGGACGCUACCUCCAGCAACCCAUGGAAGGUCAUUAGUAAAAAGUGUCCUUUAAAUUUUAGGCAUAUGAUUGCUAAUGAACCUAAAAACUAA